AUGGCCAGAACAACGCUGACUCACAUCCCCCUCGCGUACCGCAUCCUCUUCCUCUGGUUCGAGCCAUUUGCCGCCUUCGCCGGCUCCUUGAUCAUCUGGUUCGCCCCCGAAAUGUUCCUCAACACAAUGACCCCGACCGCCAAAUUCGCGCCCGACAAUCGCGUUAUCUACAAUCAGGUCGCAGCGACAUACACGCUCUUUGCCUACAACGAAGCGAUUCUUCUACGCGCUACCAAUGAUCUUCGUGUUUGGAGGACUGUGCUGAUUGGGAUUCUGAUCUGCGAUGCGCUACAUCUGUAUGCAAGCUGGCUUGCGAUUCCAGACGUGUUUUGGAACCCGGCGGCGUGGAGAUGGGAGGAUUGGGUCAAUUUGGGGAGUUUGUGGGGACAGGGCGCUGUGAGGGUCGCGUUUUUGAUGGGGAUUGGUUUGCAAGGAAAUACUCGUGUCAAGGCCGAUUGA